AUGAAAACGGUGAGCUUUUUUUCAGGCAUCUCCUGGUCAUUUUCAUUCAGAAAAUAACAAAAAAGUCAUUGCCGAGUGCGAGGGAGGAAAACGAGGAAGAAGAGUCCGAAUACUCGGGCGAAACGACGUCGGAGAGCUCGGAAAGUGAGCAGGAGGAGGAGCUGACGGAUGUGUCCGAUUCCGAAGAGCCGCGGGACGAGCCGAACAACUUUGCCAUUUCACAGGUCACCCGAAUCGCACUUUUUUGCUCCAUCUUGACGUGACUCGCAACUUUCAGACCGAAUUCGCCCGACUCAUCAAAGAGCUCGAGGUGCCGGGUCUGAAGAUGGACGUGGCCGGCCGUGAAGCCCUUCAGACCGCCGCCGAGGACUAUAUGCAGAAGUUUUUGAGAUCGGCCGCCGUCGUCGCCGCAUCCAGCGGACGGACGACGGUCGAGGUGCGUUUUGCCGCACAUGAACGAAGCACUUGCAAUGAUCCGAUCGGAAGGAUUGUUGCACUUGGAUUGAGGGCCAUUGGGACCAAGUUUCAGCCCGAUCGGAUCGCGGAAAUUGGCCGAAAGCCCGGGCUUUUUGAAAAAAAUGGCUCUCAAUCCAAGUGCAACAAUCGUGCAACAAUCGUGCAACAAUCGUGCAAAACCAAGCCUCACCUGUGUUUUUGAGGUGAGAGACUUGAAAGCGGUGCAGAAGAUUGAAGAAGAGAUUUAUGGAAACGGGCAAAUGGACGAUGAGGCAGAUUCCGAAAAAGCGGAGCCGGAGACGAAGAGGAAGAGGAAGAAGAAGAGAAAAUGA